CAGUUUAAACGGAUUAAUUUAUACAUUCCAUGAAUAUUUUGACAACCACGUGACGUUUGUGUUUGACAGUUUAGAAACCUAACCUCAAUAAAUGUAAAUAGUAACGUGUUUUUAUCGUUUAAUUAUAAAAAUGGUUAAAUUGGAUGAUAUAUUUAAUUCUUUUUCUAAAAUAAUUGAACAACCGGAAGAUUUUUUAAGCCCGGAAGAUCAGCACACGGAAUUGAUUAAACGUUUAUUAAAAACUACUUAUGAUUUUACAAAAGAGGAAGAGAUAAAGCAACGUAAAAUAUCAGCUUUACCUGAAUUAAUUGUGGAUGAUUUCGAUGUCGAACAAAUAUGGCAACAACAAGAAUUACAAAAUGAAGGGUAUUUAAGCAAGACAUUAAUUGAUGUUAGUAAAUUUGUUGUUAAUAAGAACAGUUUAAUGUUUGAUGAACUAAAAAAUGAAGAAACGAAUGAUGUUGAUGAAUCUUGUUCUGAGAAAGAAGAGGAAGCGGAUGUAAAUGAAUCUGAUAAAGAAGAACCGGAUGAUAAUUUGUCAGAAAAUGAGGAUGAUGAAAACUUAAAGGAAGAUGAUUUUAAUAACAAAAGAUAUAAAAAAUCAAUAGUUGACGACGAUUUCUUUAAAUUGGGAGAGAUGGAGGAGUUUUUAAAAAAUGAAGAAAAAAGAUUUGAGCAAGAAAAUGAUGAAGGUGAUUCAGGAAAUGACACUGAAUCAGAUGAGGAUGAUGAUAAAAUAAACGACAAUGAAAUCGAUUACUUUAAAGCAGAUGAAAUAGAUGAUGAUGAAGAAGACGAACGGUUAUUAAAUCCCAGAUUUAAAGACUUUUUUAGAAAACAAUAUGAUCAGAAUGAAUUUCAAGGAAAAAAUGAUGAAAAUUUUGAUGAAAAUAAUGAUGAUUUUGAUGAAAAUAAUGAAAAUCAGAAUGAUUUUGAUGACAAUAAUGAAAAUCAGAAUGAUUUUGAUGACAAUAAUGAAAAUCAGAAUGAUUUUGAUGAAAAUAAUGAAAAUCAGGAUGAUUUUGAUGAAAAUAAUGAAAAUCAGAAUGAUUUUGAUGAAAAUAAUGAGAAUCUUGAUGAUUUUGAUGUUGAAAAUAAAAACCUUAAAUCAACUUUUGAAUUAAGAGAAGAACGUUUAAAAAAUAAAACCAAUAUAAUUGAAGAAAUUGCCCUUUCAAAGAAACCAUGGCCUAUGUUAGGUGAAAUAGCUGCUGAAAAUCGACCAAUUAAUUCACUUCUUGAAGAAGUUGUUGAAUUUGAUGUUGGAACAAGACCAGCUCCUGUUAUAACAGAAAAAACUUCUUUGCAAUUAGAUGAUAUUAUUAAACAAAGAAUAAAAGAUAAAGCUUUCGAUAGUGUUGAAAGAAAAGAAAAAUUAGCUGAAACUCCAUUUGAAUACAAAAAGAAAUUAAUUUUGGAUCAAGAAAAAAGUAAAGAAUCAUUAGCUCAAAUUUAUGAAAAAGAAUAUCUUCAACAGCAAGAAUCAUUAAAUCCAAACAAAGAUGAUGAAAAGGAAGAGGAAGAACCCCAAUUGCAUAAAGAAGUUAAAACUAUGAUGGAAUCCCUUUUUAAAAAGUUGGAUGCUUUAUCUAAUUAUCAUUUUACACCAAAACCUGCCGUUCCAGAAUUAAAAAUUGUUAAUAAUUUACCAGCUAUUAAUAUGGAGGAGGUUGCGCCAACGGCAACGAGUGAUGCAAAACUUUUAGCGCCAGAAGAAGUUAAAAAUCGAAUUAAAGGUGAUAUUAUUGGGAAAAAUGAGCGAAGUGAUACCGAUAAAAAUAGAGAAAGGAGAAAGAAAAAGCGUAAACAACAAGUCCAUGCUUUACGUAAAGAGAAAAAAGAGGCGUUAAUUAAUAAACUUAAUCCAGGAUUAGGGAAUAAAUAUAGUAAAGAAAAAGCUAAGAAACAAUUAGAGAAAAUUGUUAAAGAUAAAAAUGUUGAUAAGAUGGACGAAUCUUAUGGAUCAAAAUCGGUGAAAUCAUCAACAGCAUUUUUCAACCAAUUACAAGAUGAAGUUAAAUCCCAAAUAAAAAAUAAAGUGCAAAUGAAGAAAAGAAAAAAUUUAAAUAACACAGGUUUAAGCGCAAAGAAAAUGAAACUUUAAAAAUAAUCCUUUAUAAUUUUAUUGCAAAAUUAAAUUAAUAAUAAA